UGUAGUCCUGCACUGCGCGUGUAGACAUGGCGGCCUCCAUGGCAGAAGGCUGUAGUGUGUCCCUGAACCUGGCCCGGAGCUUCCGAAUGGCCAGGCCGCGGCUCGCUGGACUCGCGUCUGAUGCCUGCUGUGUCCGCAUGGGCUCCAGCCGGCUUCAGAGCACCGGGCCUUCCGAUCCCGGUGGGUUUAAGCCACCUCCGAAACCUGUCAUGGUGGACCGGCACCGAGCCCCGGACAAACAGAGAAGGUUCCUGAGUCCUGAAUUUAUUCCUCCAAGGGGAAGAACAAAACCUCUGAAAUAUCAGCUAGAAAGAAAAGAUAUGCUGGACAGGAGGAAGGUGCUUGACAUUCCGGAGUUCUAUGUUGGAAGCAUACUGCGGGUCACCACAGCCGACCCAUAUGCCAGUGGGAAAACCAGCCAGUUCCUGGGGAUCUGCAUCCAGCGAUCUGGAAAAGGACUUGGGGCUACUUUCACUCUUAGGAACACGAUUGAAGGACAAGGUGUGGAGAUUUGCUUUGAACUCUAUAAUCCUCGCAUCCAUGAGAUCCAAGUGGUGAAGUUAGAGAAGCGGCUGGAUGAUAGCCUGCUGUAUUUACGAGACGCCCUCCCUGAGUUCAGCACCUUUGAUGUUAAUAUGAAGCCGGUCCCACAUGAGGCCUGCCAGGAAGUGCCUGUUAACAAGCUGCAAGUGAAAAUGAAGCCAAAGCCGUGGUCCAAACGCUGGGAACGUCCGUACUUCAACAUAAAAGGGAUCAGGUUUGAUCUUGCUUUAACCGAAGAGCAAAUGAAAGAAGCCCAGAAGUGGAGCCAGCCAUGGCUUGAAUUUGAUAUGAUGAGAGAAUAUGACACUUCAAAGAUUGAAGCUGCCUUGUGGGAAGAAAUAGAAGCAUCCAAGAAGUCUUGAUCUUGGGACUGGUGAGAUGGCCUAGCAGGUAAACAUGCUUGCUGCUCAGGCCUGACGAGUUCAACUCUGGAACCCGGGGUGCAAAGGGAGAGAACUGACUCCUGAAAGUUGUCCUUGGCCUUCUACAUGCACACCGUAGCCUGUGUGGACCCCAACUCAUACACAUACAUAAAAAUAUUUUUUUUCUUUUAA